AGAAAGACGCGGGCGGAAAGAGCAGAGGAGGAGAGGAGGGUGCGUGGCGAUCAGAUCAGCGGAGGAGGAGAACCGGCCGGAGGGAGGUCCUGGGGCUGCGGCGGAAGGGAGGAGGAGCGAAGGUGAUGGCUUGGUGGAACAAGAAGGUGGUGUUCCCGGUGAAGCGCGCCUGGGUGGCCGUCACCGCCCGGGUGAAGUCCCGGAAGCACGGUGAUGGAAUCCUGAAGCUCCGCGACGACGUCCAAAUGUGUGGCUACCAAGAUGUGCAGGUGAUGUGGGAGAUGGUGAGGAGGUCGGAGACGGAGGUGUCGCAGGCCACCAAGCGACACAAGCGCCAGUUCUGGAGGCCAUCGGCCUGCUCUUCACAAACAUCCGCUUGUGAUGAUCCGACGGAGCCUUCUCAUCACCACUGAAGACACACAUGUCUAUUUAUCGUCGGCUCUCCCUAUCUUGUGGUUCUAAUGUACAUUAUAUUGCCUUCAAGAACCUCUUCCUCGGUUGACGGUGGUGGAUCAUCUUAUGCUCUGUUUUGGAUUUGUCA